AUGUACCCCCUCAUGCCGGAUCCAAGGAUAUCAUUUCAAUCAUUUCUAUACGACUAUCCCAAAGUCGAGUUUAUCUGGCUACAAUUCAUGUCAUACACGUCGAACACACUCGUGCGAAUCGUCCCCAUCGCCAAAUUCAAGAAAAUGCUCCAAGAAGACCAAUGGCUUGCCCUGACCAGAGCAGUCUUACAUCUCCUCCCAGGAGACCGUCUAGCCGAAGGCGCAAGUCCAAGCGGUAAAUUCCACCUCCGCCCAGACUUCAGCACAGCAUACUGUCAAUACGGCUCAAACGGCACCCGCGCCGUAGUCAACGUAUACAGCGUGGACUCCAAGGGCGAACCACUGCCCGAAUGCGCACGAUCAAGACUCCAAGAGCUGCACCAAACUCUUCAAUACGAGAAUGACUGCAGUAUCCUCAUCGGCUUCGAGGUAGAAGUCACAUUCCUAAAGCCAAAGUACGAGGGUAGUCAAAUCGUGGACUACGAACCGCUCAAUAACCCCUUCCAACAUUCGUUCACGGGAAUGGCCCCCGAAGACAGACCCCAUCUAGAAUUAAUUGAGGCCGUCGCUCGAGCCUUGAACUCUGUCGAUAUCGAAUUGGAACAGUUUCACGCUGAAGCCGGGCCCGGUCAGUGGGAAUUCGUCCUCCCGCCCUUCGAACCGGUAACAUCAAUUGAAAUUCUCCUUCGCGCCCGCGAAACAAUCAUGCUAGUCGCGCAAUCAUUCGGAUACCGCGCAACAGCCGCAACCCAACCAUUUCCCCAACAACCCGCAAACGGAGCCCACAUCCACAUGUCUCUCAACGCAAUGAACGAGGCGACGACAAACGCAAACGCAAAUGCAAACCGCCACCAAGCCCAAAACCACGAAUCCUCCCAGAUCCAGACCCAAAAAGCAGAGUCCUUCUUCGCAGGCAUAUUACUUCACUUCCCCGCAAUCCUAGCAUUCGCUCUACCAAACGACAUGAGCUAUUCGCGCAUUGCGUCGGGAACAUGGAGCGGAGGCGAAUACGCCGCAUGGGGAUGGGAGAACAAAGAAGUCGCCCUCCGACGAAUUGAAAACAACCGAUUCGAAAUUAAACUCGUAGACGGAUUCGCGAAUCCAUACCUCGUUCUCUGCGCGUUGCUGAGCGCGGGUAUUAUCGGUUUACGUGCGGGAUUGGCAUUGACCGGUGGACCUUGUGUGAGGGCUGCGGCUCAGUUAUCGGCUGAUGAGCGGUGCAUGAUUGGGUUGAAGGAUGCGUUGCCAGAUCAUCUUGAUGCUAGUCUUGAUUCGCUUGAGGAGGAUGGACGGAUUCAGUAUCUUUUGGGGCAGGGGAUGGUUUCUUCGUAUUUGGCUGUUAAGAGGGGGGAGGCGGGGUUUUUGAGGGGCAUUGGGGAUCGGGAGAGGAGGCUUCUUUUGCUUGCGAGGUAUUGA